CUGUGAGUUGGAUCCAAGCAGCAGAGCAGAGCUGAUACACAGUCCAAGUCUGACUCUCACAAACGUUAAGAAAGAACCUUUUUCAAUCCAAACCCUUUGUAAACCAACUCCGGAAAGAGCCAAAGAUGCCUGGACUUCUGGCCUUUGAGCUUCUUUUGUUGGUCACCACAAUCUCUGCCCAAGGUCAGACAGCUUUGUUGGAAUACAUGCAAGGAAGAAUGGCAGUUUUAGAGGAUCGAAUCUCGCAGUGGCAUGAUCAGAGCAGUCGCUAUACAGCGGAGUUGAGAGAAUUCAAAAACCAGGUUUUGAAAAUGUUGGACAAUAUUGAGAAGGAGCGGGACUCCGUGAGGAUUGAGUUGGAGAAUGCUAACGUGCGGGUAGACCGGCUAGAGAGAGAGGUGGAUUACUUAGAGACACAGAAUCCAGCACCACCAUGUGUGGAUAUAGAUGAAAAACUUACAGAGCUGCAUAAUGCCAAGAAGAAAAAGAAAGAAAAGUAUGAGAAACUUACAGGUUGCACCACCGAAGAGGUUCAAGCAAUUGAGGAGGCAGCUGAGAUGUUGAGCAUUCCUACCGUUCGGAAAUCCUACUGCAGUGACACUAUAUCACAAGUAAAUGCCAUGAAAAUUUUGAAGAGAUUUGGGAGCACUUCUGGACUGUGGACAAAAGAUCCAGUAGGAAACUCAGAGAAGGUUUAUGUCUUUGAUGGAGCUGGUAAUGACACUGUUUAUGUGUUCUCUCGCAUGAAAGAAUUUACUCUAUCAUCCGUUUCACGCAAAGCUGCUAAGAUUAGACUUCCUUUCCCCUGGCUUGGCACUGGACAUGUAGUUUAUGAGGGAAACUUAUACUAUAUCCGAAAUGAUAAUGAAUUUCAGAUUAUCAAGUUCAACCUUGCCAACAAAACAGUGGUCGACAGUGCAGUGCUACCAAUAGAAGAACCUGUGCCGGUAUAUGGUCUCUCCAAGUUCAACUACAUAGAUAUAGCAGCAGAUGAAGAAGGACUAUGGGCCAUUUAUGCCACUAAGGAGAAUGAGAAGAAUAUCUGCUUAGCAAAACUGGACCCAAGUAAUUUAGGCAUAGAGCAGAUGUGGGAUACUCCAUGCCCAAUAGAAAAUGCAGAAAGUGCUUUUGUAGUUUGUGGUGCCCUCUACGUAGUGUAUAACACCAAACUUCCAAGUCGUUCUCGCAUCCAGUGUGUUUUUGACGUCAGUGGGACCAUAUCCAGUGAAAAUGUUCCUGUUGUUUACUUCCCUAAGAGAUAUGGGUCCCACUCAAGUAUGAAGUACAAUCCCAAAGAAAAACAGAUAUAUGCAUGGGAUGAUGGUUACCAGAUCAUAUACAAACUGAGCAUGAAACCAAAGGAAGAACUAUAUUAGAUGCUCUACUGAACUUUUUUCUUAUUAAUGAUUUCAUUUCCUUUAUUAAUUGCCAUUUAAAAUGUAUUUUGAACAGUACAUCAUUACAUUUUGGAAAUAGGAAACACAAAAUAAUAUUUCCAAUAUGUGAGUUUGGAAAAAAACAAUACCAUUCUACAAAUAGAAAAAAAAACACCAACUAUGCUAUAUUUAAUUUUACAUCAGAUUUUAUAGUCUAAUUAAAAUGGCUUUUUUUUUUUUUUACUCGUCAUAAUUUUCAUCUGAGUGAAAUGUGCUUUACUUCUUAAUUCCACUGAAAAUUGUUAUAAAUGUGAAAUCAUAUUUUUAUUGGGACACCUUAUACAAUUAUUUAAUGUCAUAAGUCCAUGUUUUGUUUAAAACUCUUUUAAAUAAAUACAACUUCUUUUUGA